AUGAAAAAGGCGCGGGCGCUUUAUCAGCGUUGGCAGCAGCUUUUCGGAGAUCGCUCCACAGACUCGGAGGAGCUGGAGUGGACGACCAAGGAGCUGCGCACCUCUCUCAAGGGCAUUGACUGGGACCUGGAGGAUUUGGCAGAGACGGUUGUCAUCGCUGAAAAGGAGCCUGAAAAAUUCAAGCUCUCACACACAGAGCUGGCUGCGCGUCGUCAGUUUAUUGAGCGUAGCCGCCGUGAUGUACAGGAAAUGGUGGAUGGGACGAAUCCCGCCAAGAUCAAAGCGAAGCGGGACGCUUCUGACAAGGCGAACCUCAUGGGGGGCAGCAAGUAUAAUCGCUACGAAAAGCUAGAGCGCGAGAUUCAGGAAGAUAAUCAAAAUUUCAUUGAUGACCAGCAUCAAACCCAGGGUAUGAUCAUGCGGGAGCAAGACACACAGUUGCAGGAGGUGGGCCAGACGAUUGGAGUUUUACGACAGAUGGGUCAGAUGAUCGGCGACGAGCUGGAGGACCAAAACGAGCUGCUCGAGGAUUUGGACACGGAAAUGACCACAACCGGCGAUCGCCUAACCAACGUACUCCGCAAGCUUGAUCGCACCCUGAGCAUUACCAAAGCCAGCCCUCAAAUCUUCGUGUCAAACAACAUCAUGUCGGCCCAACCCCCUAGCGGUUAUCCCCAGUAUGCCAAUGAUCCCUCGGGCAACCCUCCCUACGUCCUCCACAAUGGCCAGUAUUACUAUGCCCAGCCUCAGCAGCAGCCGGGCCAGCCCCAGCACGCACAGCAUCACCAUGGUGAUGCGACCAAGGGCUCGGGUGGCUUUUGCGCCGGUCUCUUCACCGCGCUAGCGGUGUGCUGCUGCUGUGACAUCAUCUUUUAA